GAGGUGUGGGGAGAGGGCGUCGGAUCCAGGUGUGGAGAGGGGCGGUGUGAAGGCGUAAAGAGCGGCUCCGCCCCUCUCUGGCCCAGAAAGUGGUUCCGGUGAUCCCUGGGAAUCUUGGAGUACCGGAUCUGGAUCCGUGGGGCGGGGUCCUCGGAGGGGACUCAGCGCCCCCUCUUGGGAACCGGCGGUCUCGUCGCAGGGACCGUUGUUGGAGCCUGAUUGGUUGCAGAGACAAUUCCUAAACUCCUGGGCAGCCCAAUCCCUUGGGGGAGGGGGACGGGAGGCCCCCCCCUCCAGCGCCCCCUCCCCCCCCCCCCCCCCCCGGCUUACUACUCCUGCAUCCCCUAUCAUCGCAAGGCCCCUCCCCUAGUAGCCUAUGUCCCUUGUUCGGGGUCAUGGAGACAUUUCGGCCACCACGGCGGCGCCUCUGUCUGAAGAAGGGGAAGUGACCUCUGGCCUCCAAGCUCUGGCCGUGGAGGAUACCGGAGGCCCCUCUGCUUCGGCCAAUAAAGCCGAAGAAGAGGGGGAAGGAGGCCGGGAGGAGACGGAGCAUGAGGGGUCCGGGGCUGAGGAGGUGCAGGGAGAAGCCCCCAGUGCUGACGGGGAAGAGCAGGCCAAGGGAGAAUCCGAAGACUGGUACGUGCCCUGCAGUGAUGAGGAGGUGGAGCUGCCCGCGGAUGGGCAGGCCUGGAUGCCUCCCCCCUCCGAAAUCCAGCGGCUCUAUGAACUGCUGGCUGCCCACGGUACCCUGGAGCUUCGGGCUGAGAUCCUGCCCCGCCGGCCACCGACACCUGAGGCCCAGAGUGAAGAGGAGAGAUCCGAUGAGGAGCCUGAGCCCAAAGAGGAGGAAGAGGAAAAACCACACAUGCCUACAGAAUUUGACUUUGAUGAUGAGCCAAUGACACCAAAGGACUCCCUGAUUGACCGGAGACGCACCCCAGGGAGCUCAGCCCGGAGCCAGAAACGGGAGGCUCGCCUGGACAAGGUCCUCUCAGACAUGAAGCGGCACAAAAAGCUGGAGGAACAGAUCCUUCGCACUGGCAGGGACCUCUUCAGCCUGGACUCCGAGGACCCCAGCCCCACCAGCCCCCCACUCCGGUCCUCAGGGAGUACUCUCUUCCCCCGGCAGCGGAAAUACUGACUGCUGCUCCUUCCGCCACCUUUAGGAUGCAGGGUGUACACGUCCUGGGACCUGGGCCCUCCUUCCCUGACCCAGGGCACUGGGGAAGAGGACAGAGACUCCCAAGCUCCCAACACCGCACCUUGCCAGAAGGAGGACACGUGUGUAUUUACGUUUUCUGGUGAACAUCUCUUUGGAGAACCUGGGUUGACUUUUCUGAAUCUAAAAUAAAAAACCACAAAGUUAUCUUCUCUUAGGGGCUGGGCUGCAGCAGGAGCCCAAACAGUUGUGGGGUGGCAGAAACAUAUUCAGCCAGAUUGGGAAAUGAAAGUCACGUGGGGCAGAGGUGAACUCAGCACCUGCCCCUCUGACCCUUCCCGGUCUCAUUCCAGCACUGCCAGCUGGCUCUGAGGUGGGACCUCAGCGAGAGAGCCAAGAGGCUGCAGUGCCUUCAGCUGCAGUAGAAGCCGCCCAGAGGAGGAAGAGAGAACCAGCUGCGAGGGCCCUUUAAAUGGCCAGGCCCCACCCCUGAGUGCCUGCCCUGCCGAGAAGUGAUCCCUAGGGCUGGGCCUGGGAGUUUCCCCCUCUGAGGGGUCUGGGGCAGGCAGCACUCCUUCUGGGUGUACUUCGUACAGGUCCCAAAGCCCCCAAACAGUUGGUGGGACCUUGUGUCCCUUAAGGCUUGCCUAGCCCCGUCCUGCCUUCUAAGGCCUUGCUUCUGCCGGGGCAGGUAAGACAUCUCUGAACCGGAGGAGGAAGAAGGUGGGUAGAGGCUUGGCCGUGGGAGGUUUUGCUUUCCUUGCUGGAUUUUUUUUUUUUUUUUGUCUUUUGAAGUAAACGUAGAUCAACUUGUUAUCUUGCCAACACUCCUCCACCCCCCAAAUCGAAGGCCUCUUGACUUCAGGCUCCCAUAUCAGAAGUUAGGGCAGAGGCAAGUUGGGUCCAUCCGCUCUCUCUCCUGGGUCCCUGGGUCCCUGCUGUAGGCCUCUGCCUCUUCCUCCUAAGGACUUCGGCUCUGGCCUGUCCUCUCUGAGCUUUUAGAAUGUGAUUCCCGCCCCCCACACACUGAGAUCCUUCAUCUAUGCCAAAUGUUGAGGAUUUCCCAUAGCCUCACUUAAGGCUAUGCUGACCGUGAUCCUAGCAGGCCAUUUGGGAGGUGGUUAGCAAAGCGAUCUCAAGGUAGGCUUGACUUGUAGAAGGCUUGGGGGUUGCUGAGCAAGGCUCUCUCAUUUUCUCUUUUGUGGGGGGGGGGGGGGGGGAAGGGUGGGGGCUGAAAUCAAGAAACAGGAAACUCAUUUGGACCCGCCAGCCUGUGAUUAUGGGGAUCUUAGAGCUGGCUCUCAGGAGUGAAGUAUGGGGGUGGGGGAUGGUAACUGAGGCAGAUGUCCCCUGUGUUGUCUGUUUCCCGCCUGGGUGGUCCCCUGGGUUGUGAGGGGGGGAAAGCUGGCUGUUACAUGGGGUGCAGUCAGGGGGCUCCCUAGAAACUUCUGCCUGUUUCUGCCCUUGGCAAACAGGGCACCCAGCCUGACCCAGGGUGAAGCUUUCUGGGUGAGGCAGCUCUCUGGAGCAGCCACCCUGAGUGGAUGGCCCAGGGACAGCCUGAGGGCUGCAAGGUGACUCUGGCCUCCUUGUUGGAUGGAGGAGUUCCCAACCCCCCUCCCCUUGCAGAAAUUGCUCGGCUGUGAAGUGCCAUUGACCCUGUCUCCCAGAGAAUAAUCUGCCCCACCCGGGUCCUAAGUUCUUGUUCUCUGCUUCCUGGUUUGGGAGCUCUGCAGCAGCGAUCCCAGGCUGAGUUCUGGCUCUGUCCUUUGAUCAUUGCGUGAUCCUGAGUGAUGUUGCUAACUAAUCUAGGUUCUUGUGAGGAUUAAAUGAAUGAAUUAAAGGUCCUUAACACAA